AUGAAUUUGGGUUCAGUUGGUGGAGUGAUUUAUGUGAUUCAUUCUGAUAACCAACGACACUUCUCCCAUCCAGCUGCCAGCUGCACUGCACAGAGGGAAAGUUUGUAUCUAUUGAUCUUUGGCUGCUUCCUGGGCUGUGCUGUGUGUGUGUGUCUGGGCUGCCAUGGAGACUGCAAGCUUCAUGCUAACUCCUCUGUGCACUGCGUGGGGAUCUCAAAGACGUCUGCAAGAAGUUUAUACAAAGGGGAAUCUAAGAACCCGGUCAGCGAAACUGCUCUGAUAAUGAGUGAGGUGUAUAAAAUCUCUUCAAGUGAUAAAAUCCAGUUUUUGGAGGAGGAGUUAGCUUCUCAGUUAUCAAAACUGAAGACAGAAAUAGAAGAGAAUGGAGUACUCCAUGGCACCCCCUCUCGAGCCUACAGCUCUGUGCCAAUCUCAAAGGACAUUUUGUACUACAGGAAUGAGAGAGAAAUGAUCUUGAAAAGAGGCCUUCAGGUGGCGGGAGCAGUACCAAUUACUAUUCAGGCUGACGUCAUGCAGCGAGAGCUGGAGACCUGUCUGAGAAGAGAAUACACUGUGGAUAAUCUGCCUCUGCUGUUACAUCAGUUUUUUACUGACAGAAUUCACCAGUUAGUCCGAAGUAAAUACUUGCACAUGCUGAGGUGGAAGAGGUUCUGUCGUCAUGUUAGCGUCAUGGAGCAGUGUUAUCCUCAGUACAAGGAGCAAGUUGGAUACAUCAUGCAAGAAUAUGCUGAUUCUGUGCAGAGAGCCCAGAGACUUUCAAUAGCGAGAGAACGCUUACUGACUGGACAGAAGAAUUCUAUUAAUUUAAUUACUCAGGAGGAUCUUAUCAUCUAUAUCCAGUGGUUAAUUUGUCACCUGCAUUCAGUGAGGCCGAUAUACAACUAUAUAAAGAUCUUGCAGUAUUUGCCCAUUUCUGAUCAUGCUGGGGAAGUUAUUGAAUCACAAUUAAAAGACAGCGAAAAUCACCAGUCCAGUGAUGUUGGAUCCACUUUUACAAGCUCUCAAAGCCAUUUUGAAGAGGCUGUUUUAUAUCCACGGGAAGAUGAAGAAUUACCUGAACACCAGACAGAAACAGAGCAGAUAAAACCAAUUCUCCGUCAGUUAUUAUCUACUUAUAAGAUAGAAUAUGAUACAGAGAAGCUUAAGAAUACAGCCAGUGAGAUGGAGCUGCUAACGCUGGUGUCUUCUAAGUUCCGAAGUACUUUUGGCAAGCAAGACACCAUGAAAACAUUUCCAAUGUAUAAUUCUGGAACGGAAACAAGUGAUGGAUGGGGAUUUAGAGGUCCACAUAUGGCUUUCAAGAAAAUAUCUAACUGGCUUCCAUUUGUAAAGAUUAAACCUAAGCGUGAUCCAUGGCAGCAAAAAUUUUUAGGAAAAUUAAACCAGCACAAAAAAGUGGAUGAGCUGCUGCGCCAGUCACCGUUUACAGAGGUUACAAAUGUAGAGACAGCGAUGGAGGUUCUUCAGGAGUACGCUGCACGGGUAUUACAGCCAAAGAAUAAUCAUGAGUUAGCGGUAAAGAAAUACAGUCGACCAUAUACCCCCUGGGAUCAAAAUGGUGGAUUAUCCCUACAGCAAACCAAUGAUAAGACUACAGACCUUGCAGGUCUUAGCAAGCGCCCUGUGUCUUCCAGGCCAAAGAAGGAUAUGGGGUACAGUUACCAGAACACCCUACAAUUACUGGGAUUGGAUGAGGCAGAAGAUAACAGCAGAGACCCAGUACUGAUGAAAGGAGCCUACUUAUCUCUUCUCUAUCUGCGUCAUCUGAGGCUGAGGGAUCUUCAGGUAAAAUAUGAUUUCAUUCUUGGCACAAGCAGACAUGGAAAUGAGAAGGUUCCAUGA